AUGCCGUCCAGUCCAAGUAAGAAGGCUGUCUUCAAGCUAGCGGCAGAAGAGAUCAACGACUUUGUGCAAAGGACUCCCUUUACGCGGAAGGAGAUUCUGAAGCUGCAUACCAAGUUUCAAGCCCUGAGUGCCGAGGGCCUGCACAGCCUAAGGGCAAAGGAGGUGAUGAACAUCGAGGAGAUGCGGGCAAACCCCUUUGCACCACGAAUAUGCGAGCUCUUCAGUGAGGAUGGCUCAGGAGACCUGACUUUUGAGAAGUUCCUCAACAUGAUGGCAGUCUUCAGCCACCGGACGGACCCGGAGAUCAAGAUGAUUUGGGCGUUUGCAAUCUGGGAUUUCGACGGCGACGAUGUCAUCGGACCAGCUGACAUCAAGAAGGGCCUGGACUUGAUGUGCAACGGGAAUUACAACCGCCAGGGCUACGCUUUGGAGCAGUCGUCGUCGCACCUUAGCGACGAGGAGCUGUCCAACAUCGUCCAACGGGUUUCUAGCGAGAUCGACCCGUACCACUGGGGCGUCAGCUACCACGACUUCCGGGGUGUGUUGUCACGAAUGCCAGACUUCAUAAGCAACUUCCGUAUUAGCAUCUGA